AGUUGUUGUCCUGCUGAAUGCUGUUUGCCUGCCUGAUUGUUGGAAAGAUGGCAACGGACUGGCAAGGCCUAGCGUUGCAGCAAGCUGAACUCAUUUCCAGUCGUGUACGGACAGUCCUAUCCUUAGGUGUGAAGUUCCUCAAAACCGAGCUUGGAGUAGAACUAGACCUAAAGCCUGAGCUUUACCCGUCAUGGAUCAUUCUCUCGACUGUAUUCAUCGGUCUGUUUGUGGUAGUCGCUCUUUCGUGGAUAGCGGCCUGCAGCGGAUUCUUCGUUGGAAGAAAGCGGAGACCUAUCGUGAGUGAGAAUAGCGAUGUUGUGAAGGCCUCAUUAACUAAGAUGAUCAAAACCGAGGAACCCAAAAAGAAGAACAAGAAAAAAAUCAUUGAGAAGAAACCUCAGGCGAACGGUCGGACUUCAUCAGAUCCACCCGAGGAACUCAAAGUCGCAGAAGACAUCCCCAAGCUGCAAACUGAGAGUAAACUUGACAAGGUUAAGAAAAACAAAAAGAAAGCUAAACUUGAAGUGAAACCGACCCAGGCCCCUGUACCAUCCGUGGAAGGCAAAGAGCGAGAUGAAGGUGACUGGGAGAAGAUGGUCAGUAACAAGGAGAGGCGACAGCAGCGCAAGAAAGAGAAAGGCCCAAACGAUGAGAGUCCGGGAGCAGGGGACCGGAGGGUCCACCAGGGGGAGCCAGCACCAUCUGCUCCUCCAGCCUCCUCAGGCUCCAGGAAGAACAGAGAUUCCACACAUGCUAAGGCUGCUAAAGCGGACUCUGCUGUGGCCCAAGCUCCCAGCACCUGGACUGAGGUGCCGCCGGUGAACAGCGGAGGAUGGACAGACCCCACCUUGAAACCUAGAUCACCAGUGAACCAGGCCGACAGUGAGAAACGGUCAUCCACGAGGAAGCCAUCUGGGCACAGAAACUCUGAACCAGUGGGUGGGGCCCAGGAGACUGAAGGGUCUUGGAUGAAGAGUGAACUCAACCCUGUAAACUUUGCGCCGGGACUGAACUCUGGUGGUGAGCCAGUGUCCCAGCCAGCAGCGGACCUUCAGUGGAACAGUUCAGCCAAUGCUGACGAGUGGUCCGGCUUCAAUGGCUUGGUUGCUGUGGAUCCCAGCUCGGACUGGAACGCCCCGACAGAGUUGUGGGGAAAUUAUGAGGAGCCGGCAGUGGACACUUCUGCCCCUGCAGCAGCACUUGUCAGCCAGCAGUCAAUAGACUCAGAUGAUGACAAAGAGAAAGGUGAUGGAGGAAUGGGUGGAGCCACAAAAUCCAAGAAGAAGAAGAAGAAGAAGAAGAGUCCAGAGGAGGGGGAUGCUGCAGAGAUGGAGAGUGGGUCACCAAAACCACAGACAUACUCAGCCAUGGGGGAGUCAGGAUCUGCCAAACAGAGCACACCUCCCCCAGGAUAUCAGAAAAAAACAGACCAGCAUCCAGAACCUCUGAAGCAUGUGCAUAAAAAGAAGGCCAGGAGAGAGACCUGAUUGCAGGGCCUCGUCGUCAUGCCGAUGGCUGCCCUCAUGCAAUAAUCACUCAGUGCAGAAUUUAAUACCAGAAAUCACUGACUGUGCUCCUCAGAAAUCCAAAAAAAAGCACAUGGAAAAAAAACAUGAAAAAUGCUGAGUUGGAUCAGUACACUAGACAAACGCUGCAAAUCUGCUGCUCCAGUGAACUAAAUCCUGACUGUGUGCACUGUAAGCCACACUGCAGAGAGGAACGCUUUAGAGCUAAAUUGUCCUUUUUUUCCCCGCAGUGGGUGACAAUACAAAUCAUUAUUUUUAUCUCUAUUAUAAGUACUUUUGAAAGCUGUGUCUUAUAGGUAAUGUGAAGCUUUUCCUGGAAACACAAAAGACAUUUUAAAAGACACGCAUACUUUGAAUGUUUCUUUUUCUCUCAUCUUUCCUGUGGUGUUUUGGUACUGGUGAUUUGCACGCAGUAGUGUCGGUACCACAGACGUGUAGUAGUUGCUAUGAUAUCCCCCCCUGGAGGAGCCUGAUGCACUGCAGAGUGGACAGUAGGGACCACAGAGUCCCAUGUUUGGACUGAACAUGUGAGCUGAGGAGUUAAAGGGACAACCCAAGUAUGACAGAGAAUCUUACCUGCCACAGGGCUCCCUUUCAACACACUACAUAUGUUCUCCGUGUUUUUAAAAAUGUGACGUUAGAUUUGGCCUCCAUUGUACAUAUGUGUGCAUUUUCACAGUUUAUCAAAUGUUUGAAUUUAGUAAAGAAAUGCCAUCCAUGGUUCAGACCUGUGAUCUGUUUGCUUUAGCUUUAGUUGUGUGUGUUUUCUGUGAAGCCGCUCCAUGUCCGGUUCAAAGGGUUUUUCUCCUUUGACUCUUUGUGAUUGCACUGUGCCAUUGGCUGUACUGCACCCUGGGUGUUGUAUUUUUUGUUGGCUUUAUUGAGAAAAAAAAAGGUGAAAUGUGAAGAUUUUGCAUUGGACUUGAGGUGUUGAUGUAAUAUUAGAGGAUUGCUUGACAUAUUUAGAGCAGCUCUAAAAUCCAUGUCUCUUGACACUUUUAUCAGGUCUAUUCUGUUGCCUUAACCUGUAGUUUUAUAGUUCAUUGAAUCUUUGUUUGUUUGGUUGAUUGUUUUGUAUUUUUUGAACUGUACGAGUCCCCAUAGCAGGCUAUGGCCGCCCCAUUGAGUCUUUAGUGGGAUUUCUGUCAGAACAGCGCUAACUCUUGCAUGACUUUGAUAUACCAUCCAAUAUACCAUUACAUACAAUGGUCAGCAUUGAAUCAUUUUGCCUGUACACCAUUCACUGUAAAUAUUAUUUUAUGAGUGACAAGGGUCCACAGAGCCUUCAAACCUCCAGCUUGAGCCAAAUUGGAUUGAUGUCAGCUUUUGAGAAUGUGCAGUUUUAAAGCAGUCAUGUUUGAAGUCCCUUGGAGGUGUUCUGCCCUUGAUCAGUUGGGGAUCUCCGAGGUGCAUUCAGGUCCUGCACAGAGGUGACACAUGUUUGUGAUGGCAGAAGAUCACAUGAGCUUAUGUAUCUGUUGAUGCAGGCCUGCUGGUUUUAUGGAUUUGACACAACUACGUUUACUGAAGUUGAUGCAAUAUUUCUAUGUUGAUUUGUUCAAAUAAAUUUGAUCUACAAAA